UGUUUUUAUUGUUAUUGAAAUGAUUAAAUUAAUUCACCUUCACUAUGUUGAUAGUUUAUCAUUUUUUACGUUUUUCAUAAAAUAAUCUUUCUAAUCUUGUUCUCUUUGUCUCUCUCGAUAUAUAAGUUGUUAUCUUUUCUUUUUUUCCCUUUUCCAUAAUCUCUGCAGCUCUUAAACACUUUUGGUGAAUUUUGUUUGUUUGUUGUUUACAACAUCUGAUUUGACGAAAUGGAAGAAGCAAAAGAAGAGAGAAUGGAAAAGGCAAUGGAAAAAGUUGCAAGAGCGACUGCCAAAUGGCUGUUAAAGGACUUAGAAUUACCAACUAGUCCUCUCCGUGAACAAAACAGUUACUUGGGUAGAGCUAAACACUUUCUCUCCAAUGCUUCUAAUCCUUUGAAUUUAUUUAAACCUUCAUCAUCUGGUGUUUCUAAAACUCGAAAAAUGGUAGAUAAACACAGAAAAAGUAAAGACAUUAGUCAACGAACUGAGUUUGUUCAAUCCCAUUCCAGGGUAAGUGUGUCUUCUCACAGUUCCCGAACCCUUGGAGGUGGUGGUGAUGAUGGUGGCGGUGUCGUUGGUGUUGCUGGUUAUGCUGAUGGUGUUGGUGGUGGUGAAAGUGAUAAUGAGUUCGUAAUUCAAAGGCCUUUAAAUGAAUUGUUUACUAUGCCCAAAGAGCCCGAAGUUGAGGCUAAAGAAGCAGUUCGUGAAAACCUUUGGGAUCUUUAUUUCGCUGAUUUUGGAAGAGGUUUACCUACCCAUCGAACACCAAAAGCUCGUGAAUUGGUAAUGAAAGGGAUACCAGAUAAAUAUCGAGGUGAACUUUGGAUGCUUUAUUCUGGAGCAAUUAGUGAACUUAAACAUUAUCCAGGUUAUUUUCAGAAAAUGGUUGAAGCAAGUGCAGGUAGAAAGUGUGUUGCUGCUGAUGAAAUUGAAAGGGAUCUUCAUCGUUCACUUCCUGAACAUCCUGCCUUUCAAUCACCCGUUGGAAUUAAUUCACUUCGUCGGGUUUUAAAUGCUUACGCUUUUAGAAAUCCAUCAAUUGGUUAUUGUCAAGCGAUGAACAUUGUCACCUCUGUAUUACUUUUAUACGCCACAGAAGAGGAAGCUUUCUGGUUACUAGUUGCUCUCUGUGAACGCCUAUUACCUGAUUAUUACAAUACAAAAGUGAUUGGUGCCUUAGUUGAUCAAGGAGUAUUGGAAGAGCUUGUUAAAACCCAUUUACCUCGAUUAUAUCGAAAAUUAGAACCUUAUGGAAUUCUUAAUAUGGUCUCACUUUCCUGGUUUUUAACGAUCUUCCUUUCGGUGAUACCUUUCGAAUCGGCUAUUCGUAUAAUGGAUUGUUUCUUUUACUUUGGUGCUAAAAUUGUCUUCCAAAUUGCUUUAUGUAUCCUCGAAUGUAACGAAGAGGCUUUAUUAAAAUCUAAAGAUGAUGGUGAAGCGAUGACCAUAUUAACUGGAUUCUUGGAAAAUAUUACCAAUCUUGAUGCAUCUUCUCAUUCAAUACAUUCAGUUUCUUAUGGUCCAACAAGUAAAAGAUUUAAUCAGAAAGUCACAGAGAUUAAUGAGCUAAUCAAUGAUUCUUAUACAAAAUUUAGUUUUGUUACUAUACAAUUAAUUGAGAAACUACGUUUCGAUAGACGCAUCAAGGUGGUUCAAACAAUGGAGGACAAUAAUAUGCGUGAUGUUAUCCGAAGUGUCCAAGCAAAUCCAUUUAUAAAUCAUUACCUUAAACAUGAAGAAAUACAAAAUUUGUAUUUUAUCGUUAAAGAAGGUCAACUUCGUCAACAAACAUGGAGACGAUCAACACCAACCUCUAAAUUAACCAAUACAAUAGCAACAAAUUGGGACUCAUCUAAACCUUCAUAUGAAAUGUACAAAUUAAAUUUUGAUCAGUUUAAAAAUUACUUUCAUCAAAUCUCAACCUGGACGGGAGGUGAUAAUGCCGAGACAAUUAGCCUUCGAGUUUUCAAAAUACUUGAUGAAGAUGAUGAUGGUUUCAUCAAUUUCCUACAAUUUCUUCAAAUAAUCAUAAUAAUGUGUAAAUCGGACAUUGAGGUUCGACUUAAACUCCUCUAUUCUUGUCAUCUGGUUGAUCUUCCGGAAAAUGAAAAUGUAAACUCUACCGGUGGUACCAAUCACCCGUCAAACUGUGAAUCUGAAGUUGAGGAAGCUGAAGAAGUUACAGAAUCAUUUGAAUUUUUUGGAAAAUCUUCCUCUUCAUCACCUUCACAUCUCUCACCUUCAUCAUCAUCAUCAUGUUCAGCUGAACUUAUUUCAGGAAAUGAAACUCCUUCUAUUAAGAUAACCGAUAUUAUUCCAAGUUGGUUUGUGGUUCCUUCGUCUCUUCCUUCAAAAGGUUUCGAGAUAAUCUCUUCUGGUCCUUCAAGUGCUCCCUCAUCUUCAAACUUAACCUCAUCACCUUCAUCUCUCGGGGUUACAUCAAAUGUCAGUCUUAGUCCGUGCCAUGAGAAUAAACCUUUACCCACAAUGAAACAAGAACAAUUUUUCGAACUUUGGAAAACUUUGUAUGAUAUUUUCUCAGGUUUACCAGAUGAACAGCGAAUGUACCAUUGUGUCGCCUCUUUGGGAACAACUUUACUCAAAAUUGGUGAACUCUCAUUCCAACAACGUAAACAAGCUCAAGAAUUGUCAUCAGCUAAAAGUCCAACAUCGGAUACAAAGUCACUGGAAAGUUUUGACAUUGUCUCUCAAUCAUCAAUCUAUGGUGACAAUGAUUCUCAAUCCAAUGUUAAUCUAAGUUAUAUAACUUUCGAUCAAUUUCAGGCCGCUUUUUUCAUUGAAGAAUCGUUGGUUAAUUUCUUUGAAAAGAAACCUAAAUUAUCUGAAGCAUUCCAAAAACCUCGUUCCGCUCGUAGUCGAAGUUCAUCAAAUCGAUCGAAACCUGAUGAAACCACCAGACAACGAACGCGUUCCCGUUUGAUGAAAAGAUUCCAUUAAUUGAGAAAUAACCUUUUUCCUGAGCUAUUUCUCUCUCAAUCUCUCUUUCUUUCUCUUUCUAUUUUCCAGCAAUUAAAUUUUUUCGAAUUUGUAGUAACCUGCAAACGAACAAUAAGAAAAUCGUAAAACAAGUGAACCAAAAAGAAAAAAAAAGUCAAUCGUAGCAAUUAACUUGGAAAAUCCGAUCGAAACUACAACAAAAAAUCGUUAAUUAGCUUUGAAUUGUACUUGGAAUCGUAAUUAACUUGUUGAUCAACAGGAGUACAAUUAACACCCGAAAAAAAAUCAACUACAAUCAAACUCAACUUCCGCCAAUCGAUCAUGAGUUUACCUCCUCCGCCUGUGAUGAAAUGUUUUAUCUCUCUCACUCUCUCUCUCUUUCUAAUAUAUUUAAUUAUGAGCUAAAUGCAUAAAUAAUUAACUUUUGAUUAUGAUAACAACAAUUAUUAUUUUACUAGAUAAUACAAAUCGAUGUAUUAUUAUUUUCACUAAUUUUUAUCUGUCAAAAAAAGUUCACCAACAACAACAAUGGUGUUUACCAAAACCAA